GUUCAGACGCGACUGCACGCCGCCCAUCAGACGCCAACGUCACCCACACUAUACCAUCUUGCGCGUUUUGUUUUCCAUCCGCCCAAGUAAAAUCGUCCAAACCGUGUAGCCAUGCCAGACUUUUUCGAGACUAUGCAGCGUUCGUACGUCGACGUACCGAUAGGUGCGAACGACUAUGUCGAAGUACAGGCAUUUUUGGAGGCGACGGAGUCGUUGACGAAACUUUUCGACUCCAUGGGAACUGCAUUCACCCCUGUAAAAUCCGACUUGCAAGGCAACGUCGCGAAACUCCGCGCAAGGUACAGCGAGAACCCUGAAAAGAACAAGACCUUGCAAGAACUAGUCAUUACUGAGAGAGCGGAAGGCAAGAAGACAGCUACUGAAGGACUACUAUGGUUGAAACGUGGCUUGGAAUUCACCGCCAAGGGGCUGCGACGGAAUCUGGACGACAAGAAGGAGGAGCUGAAUGUCUCAUUCUCUAAAGCGUAUGAAGCUACACUGUCCAAAUUCCAUAGCUUCAUGGUGCGCCCAGUAUUUACGCUCGCUAUGAAGGCCUGCCCGUACCGAAAGGACUUCUACGCAAAGUUAGGCUCAGAUGAGGCAAAGCUGUACGUCGAGAUGGAAAAAUGGCUGGCGGCACUGGAGAAGAUUGUGGCUAUUUUGAACGCUUUCUACACUCAAGGAGGAUACGAGAAGUUUUGAAUCAGCUUGCUUGUAUUCAACUUAUGUACACAAAUUUACACGUCGAGGCAAAAAGUACCCAAUAAAUGUACUGCAGGUGUAUUGCGUUGGACCAGC